AAACAUGAUCCUUGAGGAACGCAUUUCUUGCCGUAUGCGAAAUUUUGCGAAGCUCGUGAAAUCCUGUGAAAACAAGUUAUGAUCAAUCAUCUUCUCAUAGACUCAAACUCAAUAAUUACGUCGUGUAACUAUGCUCUUCACCUUUUAUAUUUACGAAUGGUGAAGAACAUACGACAACAAACGACGGGAUGGGGAUCAGAAUCACUCGCAGGUAGUACUUCUAAUUGAACUCAUUAGUAGUUACAUCUUCCACCUCCUAGAAAUGUUCCCAAUAUACGAACAUUCAGAACUAACAUGCAUGAAUUUUCAACAAAGGAGAAGUACUAUAAGUGUGUGUGAAAAAUUGUGCAGCAGUGCAUCUUGAAAUGAUAGUAUGUACUUCUGCAUAGCUAAGAGUUAUCUACACAUAGCAGUGUACUAACUUGAAAAGAGCAACCAUUGUAAGACCCACAGUCCGGUAUUUGUUGUCCGAUCCGCUGUAGCGAAGCUGGAUGAAUGUAGGAUGUUGAAACUCUUUUUCUGUUGGGCGAGCUGUUUUAGGAAGUAUAAAUUAACCCUUUCUUGCUGACGAUGUAUAGAGACUUAGAAGAGGGCCGUCUGCAACGAGGGUCAAGACGGGUAUAGUAAGGAAACUACAAGGGUCGAGGUUGUGGACAACUCUUACAACUAUCUCCUGAAUAAUUGACUAACUACUUCUCAGAUAGUACGAUUCACAGGCAGCAAAGAGGUUCGUAAUUCCGAUACUGUUGGGUUUUCGCACUUGGAAUACCUCGCUUUGGUUUGCUUUGCGCACGGGUGCAUGUCCCUUCUGUCUCCUUGUUCCUGCCUUGCCUGUUUACCGUCAAACGCCUCUUUCUUCGUUUUAGCGGACAGCGUAGCUUCGCGUGGAGGUUGUGAGUCACCCCCUUAGCCCCUGCGUUUUAUUGUCAAUGAAGAAUCUCAAGCAGGUUGUACUUAUACAUAGUCUGAUGUAGAUUAUUUUAGUGGCCUACCAUCUUGAGGAUGACGUGGUGAGAUAUUGUGCAUCAGAUCGUAGGUCUUCGCGUUGUUGUGCGGGAUCCUUUCGUGCCCGACUGUGCUGGGGAGCUGUAAAUUAAUCCUAGACCGUGCCGGUUGUGGUGUCUGACGCUCGUUGUACAGGGGGCUUCAGCCGCUCACGCUCGUUUCUUGAGCAUGGUUUUUGUGUCGUUGUUAACCGAUAAAACAUUUACAACCUGUGUAGACUGCCGUGGCCACGGCAAAGACGCGAACGGCCUUCGUGUUGAGCGCAGUGGCCCCGACCUCGUCCUUAAACGUCUUCCCCUUCGUACCCCUAUAGGUCGUACUCUUGGGGGACCAUGAUAGGCACGUCGGGGCUCACGUGCUGGACGCCCCCACCCUCAGCAGGCGGAGUUUGCCUCGUCUUGCCACUGUGUGACUGUACUUGAAGCGCCUUCUCGCACAAAAAGAGGCGUCCGUAUCGGUUGUGUCUUUGCGUGAGCGCAAGAAAUGUGUUGGCGAACAAUGCAUUGGUGUUUAGCAAGACGCCCUGUGCCGUCUAAUGGAACAGAGCUAUGUGCUCUGCUGUUCUGUACGUGUCAGAAAUAUUGCACCAACUCUUUUGCUCUGUCAUUAUAGAGACGAUGCAACAAGUUGAAUUUCCUCGAACAAUUACUACAAUCUCUACUAAUUUUCUUACUCGGUAUUUCGUCUCCAAGAUUCAAUCACGUCGUGUAAGUAAGCCUAUCAGGCAAACAGGACCACGACAUCCAGUUUCUUCUGACUUAAGUUGGUCAGAGAUAAAUACUAACUAGUCAAUUUCUUAUUAUUUUUUUAGCACACGAGAGUCGAGACAGAGUGACCGUGUCUGUGAUUUCUGACUGACUUUAGGCUAGGGAAUCCCUGAACCCCUUGUCUUUCCCCUUCUGAAGUAAUUAGUCAUCAUCUUUCAUCGUGUGGGAGCUCAGAGAAGCUGGAGUACGUGGCUUUCAAUCAAGGUUGGGAAAGCGGACACACGAGACUGAUCAUCAGCCUUCCUGGGCAAGCGCGCGAUGUACACGUUUAUGGAGAGAGAAAGAAAAAUUUCAUGUUCUUACUUAUACUGCACAUUUAUAGUUCGAAAAACUCCAGUAGUGGAUAUGAAAUUCAUUUGCUUAUCAAAAUUAAGAGCCAGACCAAAACCUAACCUAACCUAGCCGAACCUUCUGUAGGAUAUCUCAACGGAUAUUUCGGGGCAGAAAGUAAGUGGGCAAGGAAAGAGAAGUCGUUUACGUCCGCUUCUUUGUAGUCGGGUCACCUGUCGUUAUCUAACUAAUUCUUCUGACUACAGUGGGAAGUGACCCGACUAGGACAGAUUGCAUGUACUAGAAGAGAAGACCUAGUACGAUAAUUGCCUCCAUUCUACUCAAGUAGAAGGAGAGAUAUAAGUCAACAAGGGCAUUAUUGUUUUAGUGGGUUGUUUGUUCCCAUUAGUUACUUGGUUAUCUCACUUUGGUUUUUGAGUACUCGGGCAGGAAUAUGUUUGACAGGGUUGGUGUAGACUGACUGUCAAAACGAAGUAACUCGGUUACUUUCACUUUCGCGGGAACAAAGGAGUUCGUGACUGACUCCUAUUAUAUUCCAUAGUUCAACUGCUCUACGGCAAUCAUCAAAGAUUGCAACUGCUAUCUUCCCAUGCGUCUACUCCUAUUCCUAUUACUAGUCUUCCUUAUUUUUCUGUUCUCAAAACGUCGUACAUUUUUCUCGUCACGACGUGGCGGCUGCGCCUGCAGUAAUUGCCUUAUCAUUUUCACGACGGACUUGGAUUUAAGACAAAAUUGUCUAAGAUGUAGUCGAGUAUUUGGCUACGAACACAGUCUAUUUCCUCAACGACAUCAGUGGAGUGGUAGAACGGCUCUGGCAUGGCAUGACCAGUAUCGAAACCACAGAAGCACUUUUAGCUAUGAAAGUACUCAACAUUUUUUUUCUGAUGGUAGAUAUUAAACAUCAAAAUGUAUUAUGAAUGUCAAUGUAUUUUUUUUCGAUGCUGGUCAUAACAAGACUAGUACAGGGAGAAAGUGGCAUAUGUUGUCAUAGCGUGAGGCACGUUAUGCCCUAGUUACUUAGCUGCAUGAAAUGCCUAUCGAAGAGAUCUUUCCAAGCCUUUCCAAGAACAUUUCCACGUGUUCUUGGAAGGAUCUGUGACUUCGACAAGCCUCCCAUUUGAGUAUCAUAAACGAAAGCUAUCAGACGAUGAAAAAGAAAUAUGGACUCCUGCAUCGGCUGUCAGGUGCACCUGUUUAAGUUUGUGCCAAGUCAGUUGGGUUAUGUUUAUCAUAUCAUCGCACUACUAGGCAUCCCUGGAUGUCUUUGCUAUUCUUUCUGGGGCCUGUGAGGCAUUUCCACAUGUAAAUAAUUACUAGGUAAAGAUGAAUAUGGAGGCUGCGGUGCGUGAAGGAGAGAUAGAGAAGAUGGAUUUGUGUGCGGCCAAGAAUAUGAACGACUUGCUCAAUAUGGUUCGUGCCGAAGGGCUCACAUUGGUGCAGAACUGGUCGGUCUACAACUCUUAUGGCUAUAAUGUAUGGUGAACUUCUAACUAUAAUCAGACGAGUAGGAUGACAUGUUCUUCGGAAUUUCCGUCAUUUUUAUGCUAGCAACAAUGUAGUUACACAUACUUCUAGCACAACAGGAGCAUCCACAUAGAGGAAGUUACGAAUAAAAAUAAAGGUCGAAGUACUUCGUCGUCUUGGAAUAUGUUUGAUUAUUCUACUAGGAGGAAACUUCUGCAUCUGAAACAGGAAGUCAUAGAAUCAGAUGUGAAAGCUGGGUGUUUUGACACAGCACUCUAAUCUAGUCGGAAUCCCUAAACUAGGAGUAAAUGACGGUGAGAAAAGGAAGGUAGCCCUAGCUUACAUACAACGUUGUCGUGUGUGGCCGCCGUGCACACAAGGAGUUUUUUAUAGCGGGUCUGCCAGCUGUGGCCACUCGUUUUUCUCUGCUUUGCCUCCGUUGCUUUCAAGUCAGCGUGUUUGUUGACGCUGGCGAGCGUCUGCAGUGGUGCUUCCCCUUUUAUCGCCAAAUCAGUUAGGCUAUUAGCUCGCGCGAGUUAAAGACGGGGUCGGGCGCGAGACAAAGUUCAUGAUCAUGAAGUGGAAAACUAAGACCCCCGUGUCUUUCCCUAGUACUUACGUGGUACUGUUUGCCCGCAGAUUUCUUCGACCGAAAAGCAUCGUGGAUCUAGAACUCUAGUGCGGUUUGUGACUGAGUUUAGGGGCUUCGAAGGCCUUGAUGCAACGUUUUUCUGGGGACUGUUUUUGGUGAAAACAAUAGGCUUUUAUCAUCCGCCGUUUUUUGGGUCGGUGGUUAGUUUUGGCAGGCCAUGUUUCCCGUGGCCUGUUCACAUCAUGGUAAUUGCAAUUCAGAACCUUCUCCCCCGGAUUUUUAAGAAGCCUCGAACCACUCGCGCAUGUAGUGUUGAGGUGGGUAACAUGUGGACCUUCCCCGUUGCCUGUUUUUUCGUGCCAGGGUCGGCUUACCUUGAGCACAUAAGGAGUUCACAUAGUGACAGUUUGAGAAAGCGAGUAUGUUCAUCACGGGUCGUGCCCCUAGUUAUAUGGUAGAAUUGAAGUAGUGGAGGUAUGCGGGUGCCCUUUUACGUACUCGAACGGGGUUCCCUGAGUAGGAGCGGCUGUGACUUGCCUGCUGUGACAAUAACCCUAGUCAUUGUAGCCAGAAAUUGAGCAUCGUGCUCCAAAAAAACGCAAAAAUGUCUGCUCUAGCAUAUUCAAAACGUAAUGUCUGCUCUAGCCGUAGUUCUAGCUCAUUGUCCUCGUGCUAGCAGGUUAUAACUCCACUUUUGGCAUAAUCACAAGCUCGUAAAAAUCUCCUGAGUAUCACUUGACAUUGACCCGAUUGUGGUACUGGCCACCAAUUAGUCCUGUAGGACGGGAGAACCCAAUUUCUUGACGAAUCUUGAUAUUUGUAUAUGAAUUCUCCUGUAUAACUAAACAUAAGCUAGAAGAAUAUCAAUAGUCUUCAGGCUCCAUGCUUGGUGCAAUCUGUUAGUAGAUGGUUAGUGGUCAUGUCAGAAGUUUUUUAUAUGACAUGACCUACAGAUGAGCCAGAAGUUCUACCACCAUGAAGACUUCAAAACUGGUGUCUUCAUCAUCAAGUUGAAGUCUUGAUGAUGUCUUUUUACUGCAGCUGGUAUAGUUUCCUUCUACGUUCAUAAUGUUGCUUCAACAGCGAGGUUUGUCAUUUUGUUCCCUCGUGCGUCUCGUGUUUAAGUAGUGAAUUUGUCUUUUCUGCAAGGGUAAAAACCGAAAAGACCUAUAGUUAGAGACAUAGCUAUGAUAGUCCAGACUCUCCGUUGUCUCUACCCUCCUCUAAUAUUUCAAGAAGAAAGACCCGCGGCGCACGCGCAGGAGCCUUUGUUUUCGUGAGAAACGCAACCUGAGUCUGCAGUGGAAGUGGCCUGGUAACGCAACGCCUCUUGGGCAGAAAUUGGCUGGGACGGAUAGUAUCACGAUUGGUACCGAUUUGGGACUCAAGAAUGCUGUGAAAACGAGUGGAAGUAUCACAACAUGUGAAAGCGCGACUUCUGCGGAGAACAAGACCUUGGCUGGUAAUGCAAGUGGUACUGGGCACACGAACAUCACAGAGGAGAAAAAGGUCUUGGGUAAGGACGACCAACAGAAAAAGGUCUUGGGUAAGGACGACCAACAGAGAAAGGUCUUGGGUAAGGACGACCAGCAGAAAGGGGUCUUGGGUAAGGACGACCAAACGAGAAAGAAACAGCCAGAACCAUCUGCAGGACCUCGGAUUGUGGAAAAGGACAUGUUAAAAGUGCAACAGGCCAAUGCUACGAAAUCAAGCGGUAAGAAACAGGCUAGACCAAAAGAGGUUGUGCAGAAACAGGCAGAUACAAACCUGGUUGGAAAAAGUCAUGGUGGCAAAAAACCGCGCGGAGGCGAACAAGCUGAGAAAAACCUGGAUGGAGAAAAAGAGGAAAAGAAACGGGACAAGUGCAUGAACACUGCUGCAGAGCCUGCGCAAAUGAAAACUGCCCUGGGUUGCAGUCCAGAGAAAAACACCAUGAAACCCAAAAAGAACGACAGUCCGCCAAAUUCACACGCCAUUUUUGGGGAUAUUGACGUAAUUUUCCCGCAAGUGGGACGUAUGGAGGAGGAUGGAGAAAGCAAUACCAUGCAUCUAGGCAAAAACGCGGCUCCUCUUCCUCUUACAAGCAUAGAGAUAAACGAGGAGGAAAGCGAAGCAGCACCUGGCGCGAAGGAUGCGCAGACACUGGACACACAGGCGCUGCUGGAAAAGCAGGAAGCAAAUGGCACAAGCGAAUACGAAGAGGCAAACAUGUUGGACCAGAACGUGGCGCCAUUGUUGGGAAUGGGGGAACCACUUGCGCCUGCGGAUGGUGGAUUCGCACUGGAAGUAGUAGGCGUCGCGAACAAGAUGAAACUAUCCCCGCUGGACAUGGAUAUUGAUGCAGGUGUUGAUGGUGUUGCAGAUGAUAGUGAGGCUUUCAACGUUGUACUAGAUGGGACGAAAGCGGAGAAAAGUGAACUGGUAUAUAUUACUUGAUCACGAUGGUCCUUUUCCUUACGUCAACUAUCUACUUUCUGUAAAGUUCUUCUAUUGAUUUGCUUACAAUUGUUUGGUUUUACUUUCACUUCCCAUGCUCAUUAUGUCGAGGUCUUACAUGAAAUAUCUUGUACUUUCACGCUUGUCUCAAACACGAAAAAGAAAUUCGAUUUUUGUACGAUUUCAAGUGCAUUCCAUGUCCGAGAACACUUCUUCAUCAACAGGUUACCACAUCGGACGCUGGAAUCGGAAGUCUGGAUAAAGCAGACCAGCGGCACGAGAGCUGUGCUGACUCUUGUUCACCUGAAACUGCUACAGACGUCAUCUGUUGCACAACUGGGCUCCUGGGUGAACCGAUUACGACAGCAUGCACAUUUGUUACAGAUUCACAGACGAGCGAAAAAAGCGAAGUCCAACAGGUG